GGGGCAGGAUUAUCCUAAUACGCGUCUCUCUCAUAAUUUUCUGUGCAGCCAAACAGGGGCGGUCUUCCACGUUCCCUUCCCUUCUUUUCAGCCCAACGAACAUCAUCGCUUAUUACGUGUAAGUCUUUGUCUUACCAGUAACCAGGAGAAGAGGGAAAGAAGACUUGGUAGUUAAUAACAAACUUUCAGUCUCUCUGAUUUCUUCAAGCUCAAUCCAAAGCGGAAGAAUGGCAGAUAAACAAGAAUCCACGUCGAGUCCACUGAAUCAACUGUCCGAUCCGGACGACGACGUCGCAAAGUCUCCUCCGCACUCCCCCAAUUCCUCCACUCGCAAGGCUUGCUAUGCUGUUCUCCAGAGUUGGGUCUCGAAGAAGUUCAUGACUGGAUGCGUGGUUCUGUUUCCUGUGGCGGUUACGUUCCUCAUCACAUGGUGGUUUAUUCAGUUCUUUGAUGGUUUCUUCAGUCCAGUAUAUAAGAGCCUUGGGAUUGACAUAUUUGGCCUUGGAUUUGUGACAUCACUAAUUUGCAUAUUCUUUGUUGGUAUAUUUGCUUCAUCAUGGGUGGGUGCCACUGUUUUUUGGAUUGGAGAAUGGUUCAUAAAACGAAUGCCCUUUGUUAAGCACCUUUACUCAGCCUCCAAACAGAUUAGUACUGCUGUUUCUCCAGAUCAAAAUACCACAGCUUUUAAAGAGGUUGCAAUCAUCCGUCAUCCUCGUGUUGGUGAAUAUGCAUUUGGUUUUAUCACAUCCUCUGUCAUCCUUCAGAGGGAUGAAGGAGAUGUGGAGCUAUGCAGUGUUUACGUCCCAACAAACCAUCUAUAUAUUGGUGAUAUUUUUCUUGUCAAUUCUGAAGAGAUCAUACGGCCAAAUUUGUCUAUUCGGGAAGGAAUAGAGAUCGUAAUUUCGGUCGGAAUGACAAUGCCACAGGUGAUUUCUUCUAUAGAAAGGAUUCCUCCUUUGGGUAAAGAUAAUCCUCUGGACGCACUAAUAUAAAGCAAUUAAGGACAGGUUUACAUGAUAAGGGAUUAUUUGCUUAUAGAAUACCUUAACAGAAUACACCCACUCUUCCAAAAGAAAACUCAUGUUUGGAUAUGGACUCAUGGGAUAGGGUCAUAGGCAAUUUUGUUGUCUUCUAUCUGUAUGUCGCACUCGCCCAAUGCUGUAUUUCCACCUGAUUAUGUAGAAUGAAAUUCUCAGCUGUCUUUAUUUUA